CUCGUAAGGAUGUGUCCGCUGGCGCUGCCGGACUUCGUGCGUUCGCGUCGCGUGUGUGCGCGUUUAUCCUGACGCUGAAUAUACCUCAGCCAACGAGGCCAAAAGGGCCACGAGAAAGUGCUUCGAGCCAGGCCAGUAGCCAGAAGCGAGAAAAAUCGGGCAAAUAUAUAUCUCUAGUGAAUGCCAGAAUAAUCAUGCAUAUUUACAAAUGAUCGAAAAUCAAAGAAAAUGAGGCAGUCGGUGUCCAGUUCCGUGUUAAGUUUUUAUUUGUGUUCGAGUGCUUGGCGAGUACCAAGAUCCCAAAUACCGACGAUCUCGAGGAUAAACCACUAACUUAAAGAAACACUUGUGUUGCAGAGAAUAAAAUAUAGCGAAAGCUCGUUCAAAAUGAUCACCUAAAGCCAAAAUCGGUGCAAACAGAGAGAAAUAUAAAGCAAAAAACCGAAUCAAACUGGAAUAACUAAAAACGCAACAGCUCAUAACGCAAACAUAGUUUAAUUGGCAUUCGAAAUAAACAAAAAACAAAUGUAAAUUGAUUUCGGAAAGCCCAAGGGCAGAAAACUAAAACAAAAUCUAACUAAAUUCAACACACAAAAAAAAAAACAAAAACGUAACUCAAACCACCGCAAAAAUUGCUUUAGAUUAAAGAGAAAAGAGAAAAAUAACCGGAGAAAUCGAAAAAAACAUAAAACCUACACCCAAAUCGCAUCAAACAAAAUGACGCUGCGCAUAUCGGCCGAAUACGGAAAUCAUCGAGGGCUCAUCAUUCCUGGCUUUGUGCUGCUCCUGUUUCUGGCCACCUUGCCUGCCUUGCAAGCAGGACGAAUCUUCGACGUCGCAAAUCGGGACUACGUUAAGGUGAAUGCCGAGGCGGGCAAGAACGUGACCAUUCCGUGUCCCGGGGUCAACGAGCACUCCCUGGUGGACACGCUCGUGUGGAAAACGGCGUCGACGACAAUCGCCCAGUUUGCCAAUCGGAUACCCCUGCUCCACAGUCCAAGGAUACAACUUUUAUCGGACAACUUCGGCCUGCAGUUUUCGCCCUCGUUAGCCAGCGAUACCUCGGAGUACACAUGCCUAGUUAACGAUCGGCAUAUCCCAGAAGCCAUUGUCGAUUUACUGGUCCAGGAUGUGCCCGAUCCGCCGGAGCGGCCAUUGUUGAUAAGUUUCACAUCACGCUCGGUGAAUUUAUCCUGGGCGCACUCCCAGCAUCCGCGGAAUGCGCCCGUCACGCAUUUUAUUAUUGAAACGCGAGAGGGCGAGGACGGCAUUUGGGAGCAACUGGCCCGGAUCUACACAAAGACAAAUGCUACGUCAUAUCAGGUGACCGGGCUGACGCCCUUCACCGUCUACAGCUUUCGUCUCCUCGCGGUCAACAAGCUGGGAAUCAGUCCGCCGUCCAAGGAGUCAUACUACAUAGUCACGCUGCGUGAGGCUCCCACGGGCAAGCCUAUACCAACAACGGCCCACAAUACGUCCUCCACCUCGGUGUACAUCUCAUGGAAGGCCCCGCCGCCGGAUACUAUACUGGGCGAGUUCCUCGGCUACCGCAUAACAUAUCGACCACGCGAUCGGGAUCCCAACGAUACCAAGGAAAUCUAUAUCCGCGACAACACCGUCGAGAGCCAUGAGAUACAGAAUCUGCAGACAUACACGCAGUACAAGGUGACGGUGCAGGUGUUCAAUCCCGAGGGCCUGGGACCGGAGACCACCAUUCUGGUGAUGACCGACGAAGGAGUGCCAAGCAAGCCCCAGAAUCUCACCAUCUUGGAUGUGUCGGCCAGCAGUAUCACGAUGUCCUGGCAUCCACCGAAGAACCAGAACGGAGCCAUCGCCGGCUACCAUGUUUUCCACAUCCACGACAAUCAAACGGGCGUGGAAAUCGUGAAGAACUCUCGCAAUUCAGUGGAAACCCUUAUACACUUUGAGCUGCAGAAUCUACGACCCUACACUGAUUACCGCGUGAUAGUAAAGGCAUUUACCACCAAAAACGAGGGCGAGCCCUCCGAUCAGAUUGCCCAGAGGACAGAUGUCGGAGGUCCCAGUGCCCCGGCGAUUGUGAACCUCACUUGCCACUCCCAGGAAUCCAUCACCAUUCGCUGGCGAAGACCCUACGAGUUCUACAACACCAUUGACUUCUACAUAAUCAAAACGAGGCUGGCUGGACAGGAUACGCACAGGGAUAUAAGGAUCAAUGCCUCGGCAAAGGAGCUGGAAACUGCGAUGAUUCUACAAAAUCUAACAACCAACUCGUACUACGAGGUCAAAGUGGCAGCGGCAACGUUCAGUGUCAUAAAUCCAAAGAAAAUUGUGUUGGGCAAAUUUUCGGAGUCAAGGAUUAUUCAACUGCAACCGAAUUGCGAGAAACUGCAGCCGCUGCUGCGCCAAUCGCAUAAUGAUUACAACCUGGCAGUUUUGGUGGGCAUUAUCUUCAGCUGCUUCGGCAUCAUCCUGAUCAUCAUGGCCUUCUUCCUGUGGAGCAGAAAGUGCUUCCAUGCCGCCUACUACUACCUGGAUGACCCGCCACACCAUCCGAAUGCCCCCCAAGUGGACUGGGAAGUGCCCGUGAAGAUCGGCGAUGAAAUCCGAGCAGCUGUGCCCGUGAAUGAGUUUGCCAAGCACGUGGCCUCCCUGCAUGCUGAUGGGGACAUUGGAUUCAGUCGGGAAUACGAGGCCAUCCAGAACGAGUGCAUCAGCGAUGAUCUGCCCUGUGAGCACUCCCAGCAUCCGGAGAACAAACGGAAGAAUCGCUAUCUCAACAUCACAGCCUAUGAUCACAGUCGGGUGCACUUGCAUCCCACACCUGGCCAGAAGAAGAACCUGGACUACAUCAAUGCCAACUUCAUCGAUGGCUACCAGAAGGGACAUGCCUUCAUUGGAACCCAGGGGCCCUUGCCCGACACCUUCGAUUGUUUCUGGCGGAUGAUCUGGGAGCAGCGAGUGGCCAUCAUAGUGAUGAUCACCAACCUUGUGGAGCGCGGCAGACGCAAGUGCGACAUGUAUUGGCCGAAGGAUGGAGUUGAGACCUACGGAGUGAUCCAGGUCAAGCUUAUCGAGGAGGAAGUGAUGUCCACCUACACGGUCCGCACUCUGCAGAUCAAACACUUGAAGCUCAAGAAGAAGAAGCAGUGCAAUACUGAGAAGCUUGUCUACCAAUAUCACUAUACCAACUGGCCCGAUCACGGAACCCCCGACCAUCCUCUUCCCGUGCUGAACUUUGUCAAGAAAUCCUCCGCUGCCAACCCCGCAGAGGCUGGUCCUAUAGUCGUGCACUGCAGCGCUGGCGUUGGACGCACAGGAACCUACAUCGUCCUGGAUGCCAUGCUUAAGCAAAUCCAACAGAAAUCGAUUGUGAACGUCUUUGGAUUCCUGCGUCACAUUCGAGCCCAGAGGAACUUCCUGGUCCAAACCGAGGAGCAGUACAUAUUCCUCCAUGACGCUCUGGUGGAGGCCAUAGCCUCUGGGGAGACCAAUCUGAUGGCCGAGCAGGUGGAGGAGCUGAAGAACUGCACUCCCUACUUGGAGCAGCAGUACAAGAACAUCAUCCAGUUCCAGCCAAAGGACAUUCACAUUGCCUCCGCCAUGAAGCAGGUGAACUCGAUCAAGAACCGCGGAGCCAUCUUCCCCAUCGAGGGCAGUCGGGUGCACUACCCCAAGCCGGGCGAGGAUGGCAGCGACUAUAUCAAUGCCUCCUGGCUACAUGGCUUCAGGAGAUUGAGGGACUUCAUAGUCACCCAACAUCCCAUGGCGCACACGAUAAAGGACUUCUGGCAGAUGGUCUGGGACCACAAUGCCCAGACAGUCGUGUUGCUAUCAUCUCUGGAUGAUAUAAACUUUGCCCAGUUUUGGCCGGAUGAGGCCACGCCCAUCGAGAGCGAUCACUAUCGCGUCAAGUAUCUCAACAAGACCAACAAGAGCGACUACGUCAGCCGGGACUUUGUCAUCCAGUCGAUACAGGAUGACUACGAGUUGACGGUCAAAAUGCUUCACUGUCCCAGCUGGCCGGAGAUGUCCAACCCCAACAGCAUCUACGACUUCAUCGUCGACGUCCACGAGCGUUGCAAUGACUACCGCAACGGACCUAUUGUCAUUGUAGAUAGAUAUGGUGGCGCCCAGGCGUGCACCUUCUGCGCAAUCUCGUCGCUGGCCAUCGAGAUGGAGUACUGCAGCACGGCCAAUGUGUACCAGUACGCGAAGCUGUACCACAACAAGCGGCCCGGGGUGUGGACAUCCAGCGAGGACAUUCGCGUCAUCUACAACAUACUUUCAUUUUUGCCUGGCAAUUUGAACCUGCUGAAGCGCACGGCGCUUCGGACUGAAUUCGAGGAUGUGACAACGGCCACGCCGGAUCUCUAUAGCAAAAUAUGCAGCAAUGUCGCUCCACUCCAGUCCAACUCAUCCACAACACCGCCACUACCACGACCUACAUCCCCACAACAAACCAUCCAAAUGUCAUCGCCAUUAGACCUGUCCCAUCAGAUCUCACCCACAGUCGCCAAUGCAACAUCACCAACAACAACAACAACAACAACGACAACACCGGCAACACCAGCUUCCGCUAGUGCAACUGCAACUGCAACUGCAACACCGACAACUCCAACCACACCAACAGUCCUACCUAUUAUACCACUCGCAAGCUCUAACAGUUUAACCCUUACUAAUGCCAAUUUCCAUACUGUUACUAAUAACGCUGCUGACCUGAUGGACCAACACCAACAACAACAAAUGCUGGCCCUGAUGCAACAACAAACCCAACUGCAACAACAAUACAACACGCAUCAACUUCACAACCUGAACAACGUUGGUGAUCUUCUGAUGAACAACGCGGACAAUUCACCAACCACUUCACCGACGACCAUCAUCAACAACAACAACAAUAACAACAACAACACCGCCGUCACAAAUACAGCAGCGACAGAUGCUCAAAACUUAGAUAUUGUAGGCUAAACUAAAGAUAAAUUUACAGAGUACAGAGAAAGGGAAAUUAAAUCAUUUUAUAAAUGUUUAAAUAUAAAUAUUUAACUUUAAACCGUACUCUUACGUAUAUACAUAGCGAUGUAUUUAUUAACAUUUAAGUCCGUUAAGUCCUUUAAGUCCUUUACGUGAGAACAGGGCGUCUAGCGCCUUGACCAUAAAUUAUUCAUUCGCCGUGUAAGCUCAUGUUUUACUUUUAUUUAUUCCCCUCAGUUAAUCCCCCUUAAUAAUACCAUCUAAGUUUUUUUAUAAACUAUACUUUACCUACAGUUAGUCACAAGGAAAACGAAAGAAAAGUCAAAAACAGAACAAGUAUAAAAUUUGAGAGAUCAAAUCUUGAAAGUGAAAAAGUUGAAAAGUAGAAAAAUGCACAAAUUGAACAACAAGUAGAGUUAAAGAGAAACGUAUUUGUCUAAUCAUUUAUAACAUAUAGCUAACGUUAAUGCAGGUUCAUUCUGCACACACUUGUGCCAUGAUUUUUUAAGCUCCUAUUAAACUCCUAUUAAAGUAAUGAUUAUUAGUUACAAAAACCGAAGUAACCUAACCUAGUUGAUUGAGCACUUCUUGCAUUUCGAAUCGAUUCAGUGUCCGUCCUAGUAUCUGUUAUUGUUUUUUGCCUUCUUAUCACUUUGUUCCAGUUAAAAACAAAAAAAAACACCAAAAAUAAUAAAAACACAACUUAGCUACAAAUUAAUUGCGAAUUUAGUAGGCAAAGAGAAGAGUUAUUGGCAAAUAUUCCGAGUUACCGAGCACUUUACACGGAGCACCUUGCAUCACCGCCACUCCCACUCACCACACAUCACUGUAAAUCCCAAACUAAAACUAAAUAGAUCACACAGUUUUCCGCACAAAGCACGAGAGCAUCCCGAAAAACAAUUGUAAAUAGAAGCUUAGGCCGGAAAAACCAGGCUAAAAUACUGUAAAAAUAAGCUUAGGCAUAACCUAAGACUCAUCAUUCUGAACAAGCUAAGAAUAUUGUAAAAACUAAACAUUAAGCAAAGGCGACAACUAAGUGUAA